GUGGCCCCGCGGGGCCCCAGCGUCUCCGGUUCCUCCCCUUCCUGGGGGGAAGGGACCCCCCCUUGCGCCGUGGGAGCUGCACCAGGAGCGGCCGGAGGAGCUGAGGAUCUCCUCUCCACCGGGAUCUCAUCUCCACUGGCUCAUCCACAGAAAUUUUUCCAGGACCCAGCUCCAUCCGUUCCUCCAUAGCAGUUCAUCCUGCCAGGACCCAACUCAGUCGAAAUUUAUCCUGCCAGAACCCAACUCCACAGAAAUUAAUCCUGCCAGGGCCCACCUCAACCACUUCUUCCAUAGAAAUUCAUCCUGCCAGGACCCAACUCAGUCAAAGUUUAUCCUGCCAGGACCCACCUCCGCUGAAUUUCAUCCUGCCAGGACCCAACUCAGUUGAAGUUUAUCCUGCCAGGACCCAACUCAGUUGAAGUUUAUCCUGCCAGGACCCAACUCCAUAGAAAUUCACCCUGCCAGGACCCCCCUCCCCUGAAUUUCAUCCUGCCAGGACCCCCCUCGCCCAGCCGGUGUCCCCAUGGAGGUGUGGCGCCAAUGUGCCCACUGGCUGGUGGCCGCGCGUGUCCUGCCCGCUGGCCACCGGGCCAGCAGCCCCGGGGGACAGGUGUGGGACCUGGCGCAGGCGCUGCGGGACGGGGUCCUGCUGUGCCACCUCCUCAACGCCCUCCUGCCCCGCGCCGUGCCACCGCGGGACAUCUGUCCCCGUCCCCAGAUGUCACAGUUCCUGUGCCUGAGGAACAUCCGCACCUUCCUGACCGCCUGCGCCGACAAAUUCGGGCUCCCCAAGCACCGGCUCUUCGGCGCCUUCGACCUCUUCGAUGUCCAGGAUUUCGGCAAGGUGAUCGAGACGCUCUCAACGCUGUCCUGGACGCCGAUCGCUCAGAGCAAAGGAUUCACGCCAUUCCCGUCUGAGGACAGCGUUGGGGACGAUGACAUUUACAGUGGCCUGUCCGACCUCAUCGAGUGCCGCUGCCGGAUCUUUCCGUCUAUCCAUGGUCAGUGGUUCCGCGGGCAGGUGAAGCACAUCAAGGUGGCCGCCAGCGAGGGGCUCUUCUGGGUCACCGAGAAAAAGGCGUUCAAGGGGCUGGUG